AUGGAGCAUCCAGUGAAGGAAAUCAGGACGGUCAUUCGCGACUUGGUCCAAGGCUCGCCCAAGGAGCAGUAUGACGCCCUCUUCAACCACUUCACCGAGGACGCCGCCUUCACCCACCCCUUCUGCCACGUGCCAAGUUUUGGCAACGUCGACAUUCCCUUCCUCUUCACCAUCAAUUCACGGUGGCUCGUCCUCAUGAUUUACCGGUGGUACCGCAUUCUGAGUCCCAACAUUGCCAUGAACAUCGAGUCGGCUGUCCUAGAUCAAAGAGCAAAUCUUCUAUACGUUAAGAUGAGCCAAGACUUCCGGCUAUGGUUCGUUCCUUUCUACUCCGCCCCUGUCGACUUCGUCGUCGUCCUCCGUCUCGAGACACGCAACGUCGAUGAUCAAAACCGGCCUCUGCCUCGCAACCAAACCGACGCUUCUGCCGUCGGGGCCCGCCAGCGUCACUUCAUCAUCCACCAGGAGGACCACUACCAGGUGGGCGAGUGGCUUAGGUUCCUUGUCCCCUUCUUCGGAUACUGGGCCUGGCAUGUCCUUACUCUCUUUUCCACGAUCCUGUGUGCUGCCGGCGCCCUGAUUGGAUACCCCGUCACCCGGUACUUUGACUGGCAGGCCACAACGCAAAACGGCGCCCAGGUGAAUAAGGCCGACUAG